AUGGAUGUGGUAGUAAAUACCAUUAAUUUCAUUGAAUUUCGCGGUCGUAACCAACGCCAGUUUAAAGCAUUUUUGAAUAAACUUUCUUCAGAACACGAUGUUGUGACACAUUAUUGCGAAGUAAGGUGGCUAAAUAAAGGUAAAAUACUAAAAAGAUUUUGUGACCUUAGAAAAGAAAUAGCUGGUUUUAUGAAAAUGAAAGAGAUAACAUUGUCGCAAAUUUGUGAUCCAACUUGGCUCUGUGACUUGGCAUUCCUGGUAGACAUUACAGGACACUUAAACAACCUGAACUUGAAGCUUCAAAAACAAGGACAAUUGGUAAAUCAGUUGUACAGUCAACUUAUAGCUUUCAAAAACAAAAUUCGUUUGUGGAAAUUACAAAUGAGAAGAAAAAACUGUUUUCAUUUUUCAGCAUUAUUUAGUCACGAAAACAUUGAAUACGGUCGUUAUGCUGAAGAAUUGAAACUACUGUCCAAGCAAUUUACUAAUCAAUUUUCCGAUUUUUAG